AUGGCUACCCAGAAGCCGACACACAUGCGGGCCCCUGUCGCCAACCCCGUCACCCCCUUUUGGAACUCUUCCCCGCGGGCGCUGGACGACCAUCGCACUACUCCAGACCUACCCGCUUCCAGCGAUGUGGUCAUUAUCGGCGCUGGUUUUGCAGGAGUGGCUACGACGUAUCAUAUCCUGAAAGACAACCCGUCUCCACCUUCUAUCACGAUUCUAGAGGCCAGGAAAGUCUGCUCCGGCGCGUCGGGACGGAACGGCGGACACGUCAAGCCCGACACAUACUUCAACGUCCCCAAGUAUACCAAGCUCUACGGGGCCGUGAAGGAGCUCGUUGGGAGCGAGGGCCUGGACUGCGAUUUCCACCUCACGCGGGCUGUGGAUGUAUAUCUUGACCCGGAGCAUGCCAAGCAAACCGAAGCAGCCUAUCGCGAGCUAUUGAAAGCGGGCAAGGUCAACCUGAAGGAUGUGGCUUUCACGCCUGAACAGGAUGCCGAAAGGGCAAGUCGUUGA